ACAGAAAUCCAUGCGUUUUCUGUGCUGCCACAGACAUUUUCCUUAGUGCAGUUAUUCUUGGGCUACUGCGUAGGCCUAAUAUGCGUCAUAUACAGUACGUCUCUUCUGUUUGGGUUUGGCCGUAUAUCUAUCUACCAAUUCAUACAGUCAAGCUGCAUUAAGGAGAGAGCUGCUGAAGCACAUACAGUGCAGCGCGCUGAGCAGUGAGGUUUGACAGGAGGCACAGGGGGGACUGCUCGAUACUUUUCAUGCAGACAGUUCCCAGAGAAGACAGAGAAAGACAACUGCACUGCAAUUGGACAGAUGUGACAAGACCUUUAAGAUACAAUUAACUGAGUGGGACGUUAAGAAAAUGCACCAUUUGGGACAUUUUGUUUUAAUCCUUGAUAACCUCUCCUUUAGUCAUGUAGCCUAACAACACUUGGUCGAGCAGAUUUAUUUCGGGAUGGUGUUGCUUGUUUUAUUUUGCUACAGCUCCAUGUGAUUAGAAACCUGCUAUGGAGGACCUCUUUAGUCAAAAUGAAUCUGAGCACUGACGAUGCCAACUUAUGGGGAAAUGGUUCCUUAUUGGAAUUUCAGGGCGGGAAAGUGGGGAUACCGUGGUUGUCAGAGUCGCCUGUCAACUCCACAAACGCCACUGGCAACGGGACGGAGAUCGAUGAAGUGGAUCUUACCCGUGCCAUCCUGCUUGGCUUGGUUCUAGGAGCUUUCAUCGUGUUUGCCAUCGUGGGCAACAUCCUUGUCAUCCUGGCGGUGGUGACCAACAGGCACCUGCGAACUCCGACCAACUACUUCAUUAUCAACCUGGCCAUCGCCGACCUGCUGCUGGGCACCACCGUGCUGCCGGUGUCUGCCACCCUGGAGAUCCUCAACUACUGGGUGUUCGGCAGGGUCUUCUGUGACAUCUGGGCGGCGGUGGAUGUUUUGUGCUGCACCGCGUCCAUUAUGAGCCUGUGCGUCAUUUCAAUCGACCGUUACAUCGGGGUGAGCCACCCGCUGCAGUACCUGAGCAUAGUGACCGAGAAGCGGGCACUUCUGGCCAUGCUUGGGGUGUGGGUGCUCUCUGUGGUCAUUUCCAUUGGACCCCUCCUUGGGUGGAAGCAGCCGCCAUCGCCGGACGACACGGUGUGCCUCAUCACAGAGGAACCGUUUUACGCACUCUUUUCCUCCCUCGGGUCCUUCUAUAUACCGUUGGUUGUUAUCUUGUCCAUGUAUUUUAGGGUUUAUGUGGUCGCCAAGCGAACCACCAAGAACCUGGAGGCUGGGGUGAUGAGGGAGAGGAUGAAUACGAGUGAGCUGACGCUCAGGAUCCACAGGGGAUCCCAGAUGCAGGAUGACACGGGCGGAGGCACCAGCAAGGGCCGCGCAACCCAGGCGAGGAGCUCCCUGGCAGUGAAACUUCUGAAAUUCUCCCGGGAGAAGAAAGCAGCAAAAACUUUGGGGGUCGUGGUUGGAAUGUUUACGCUUUGCUGGCUGCCGUUCUUCCUAGCCUUACCCAUCGGGUCUUUCAACCCAGACUUUCGUCCUCCUGAGACGCUGUUCAAGGUGUUCUUCUGGCUGGGCUACUUCAACUCCUGUCUCAACCCCAUCAUCUACCCCUGCUAUAGCCGAGAGUUCAAACUGGCCUUCAUACGCAUCCUCCGAUGCCAGUGUCACUAUAGAAGUCGCCCAGGCUGGCGGGCUUCCAACUACCGCACCUCCCACUUCAACUCCUCUGGCCACUCACGGAAGAACUCUGCAGAGUCUGGCUACUCACGGAAGAACUCUGCCUGCCUCAAUGGGAGCCAGCGCACCCUUCCCUCCUCAGCCAGCCCCAGCCCCAGCUACCUGCCGUCCUGCUCAGAGGGGGAGACCCUCUCCACCUGCUGGGCCUCUGCCGCCUCCAGGCCCUCCUCUAUGCUGCCUGGGAGUCCUGCUGACUGCCAGCUGGGGACACUGAGGGGGGGUGUGGGGGGUGGAGGGACUCAGAGGGGGUUGUCUCACAGGAAGUCCAGCCAGGGGGUGUUCUCGUUCCCAUGUGGGGAGCGUGAAGGGGACAUACCUGAGGAUAAGGUUUGACUGUCUGGGAGUCUUACAGCCAUCAGUUGUUGUUAAAUGAUUCAUGAUGGGGAUUUAAAUCAUGUUCAGUACCUGAUUGAUGAGGGGGAGUGAUGUAUGGUUCCAUUUACUGUCAAUGGUUCAAGUCAAGUCAAACUGUCAAUGGUUUUGUAUUGUUGGCAUGGAAAAUGGUUGAAGGAGUAGAGAUGGCGCUACAGUGGCCUCUGCUGUAUGUUAGCAGGUAUUACUGAGCAUCAGGGUCUGUCCAGCAUCUGUUCAAUGGAACAGUGUCAGAUGGAGAUGACUACAGAUGAAGCUGUAUUGUAUUUCUCAGAGAAAUGAUCAAGGGUAAUAGUGUAGCAAUGGGAUAAACCACAAGAACUGUACAUUAUGGAUUUGACCAUAGCAUAUGUUUCAUGGCUGUACAUACAGGGAGAUUCUCGUUUGGGCCAAAGACCGUCCUCCGUCCUCUCUCCUCCGUGACCCAGAAACCAAUAAGUGGUUUAAUGUUGGAGGAGUGUGUUAAUUCGUUAGUGGGAGAACAGAAGAGUGUCUUCCCCUCCUCAAUGGCCACCUUUCAUCAAGGAUACUCAUGUGUAUCCUAACGCAGAACAGUUUUGAAAUCUGCCACACCCCCUUUGAAUCAGCUUUUAGGUCAGAGGAGAAAAAAAUGAACACAUUUAAAAAUAAUAUGCUACUUAUUGUUUUAUCUAUAAAUGUAUUGAACAACUAAUUUAAUUUGUUUUGAGCACUUUACACGUGUUUGGGGGAUCCACCUGUGUAAAUGCACUUUUCCUAGUCAUGCGCAAGUGGAGAGGGACCGUCUCAUUUCAAGCAACUGUAUUUUCAUCCACGUUCACUCUCCUCGCUGACUCUCCUUGAUUAACUUUGACCUUUUUCAAAAGGAGGCGAGAGUGGACAGAGGAGAGAGGACUGAGGAGAGAGGACGCCAGAGGUGAGCAAAUCUAAGUUAUAAAAGGCCACAGUAUUGGCCCUAGGACUGGGAGAGACUAUGCUACCUUGGGACUACCUGUAGAACUGCACCCUAAUCUGUCAUUCCUUCUCUUUCAGCUGGUCUGAUCUGUAAAUGUUUCUGAUCUCCUGGGGCUGUGGUCAUUCUCUUUCAGCUGGUCUGAUCUGUGAUUGUUUCUGGUCUCCUGGGGCUGUGGUCAACCUCUUUCAGUUGGUCUGAUCUGUGAAUGUUUCUGGUCUCCUGGGUCUGUGGUCAUUCUCUUUCAGUUGUUCUGAUCUGUGAAUGUUUCUGGUCUGUGGUCAUUAUCUUUAAGUUGGUCUGAUCUGUGAAUGUUUCUGUUGUGUGGUCAGUCAGAGAAUGGUGCUAUAUGUAAAGAGCAGAUGAUCACAUUUCUGUUAAUGUCACUCAUUGUCUUUAUGGUGUGUUUGCUUAAAUAAAGUCUAACCUGGUUUAUCCGGUGUAGUAAUCAUAUUGACAAACAUCUAGUGGGUAAAUAAAGUCUAACCUGGUUUAUCCGGUGUAGUAAUCAUAUGGGGAAACAUCUAGUGGGUAAAUAAAGUCUAACCUGGUUUAUCCGGUGUAGUAAUCAUAUGGGGAAACAUCUAGUGGGUAAAUAAAGUCUAACCUGGUUUAUCCAGUGUAGUAAUCAUAUUGACAAACAUCUAGUGGGUAAAUAAAGUCUAACCUGGUUUAUCCGGUGUAGUAAUCAUAUGGGGAAACAUCUAGUGGGUAAAUAAAGUCUAACCUGGUUUAUCCAGUGUAGUAAUCAUAUUGACAAACAUCUAGUGGGUAAAUAAAGUCUAACCUGGUUUAUCCGGUGUAGUAAUCAUAUUGACAAACAUCUAGUGGGUAAAUAAAGUCUAACCUGGUUUAUCCGGUGUAGUAAUCAUAUUGACAAACAUCUAGUGGGUAAGUAAAAGUCUAACCUGGUUUAUCCGGUGUAGUAAUCAUAUUGACAAACAUCUAGUGGGUAAAUAAAGUCUAACCUGGUUUAUCCGGUGUAGUAAUCAUAUGGGGAAACAUCUAGUGUGUAAAUAAAGUCUAACCUGGUUUAUCCGGUGUAGUAAUCAUAUUGACAAACAUCUAGUGGGUAAAUAAAGUCUAACCUGGUUUUUCCGGUGUAGUAAUCAUAUUGACAAACAUCUAGUGGGUAAAUAAAGUCUAACCUGGUUUAUCCGGUGUAGUAAUCAUAUGGGGAAACAUCUAGUGGAUAAAUAAAGUCUAACCUGGUUUAUCCGGUGUAGUAAUCAUAUGGGGAAACAUCUAGUGGAUAAAUAAAGUCUAACCUGGUUUAUCCGGUGUAGUAAUCAUAUGGGGAAACAUCUAGUGGGUAAAUAAAGUCUAACCUGGUUUAUCUGGUGUAGUAAUCAUAUGGGGAAACAUCUAGUGGAUAAAUAAAGUCUAACCUGGUUUAUCCGGUGGGUAUGAAAAGGUGUGUAGAUAACAUUGAGGUGUUAUCGCUACCCCAUCGAUGACAAAUCUGAUACACUCUGUAAAUAAAUAUAUUUCAAAAUAUUCCUCAAACUGUUAUUCAUAUGUCGAAGAUAAAAUAUUGUAUGUUGCCUACAUAGAUUAGAUAGAUUAAGGAUAGAUUAAGGAUUCGCAAAGGAGUGGUGUGAUGGUACAAACAGACUGGUAUCCAGGCACAUUUUCAAUACAGUCAUGAUCCCUUUUUUUUACAGACAUAAUAGGCAAUGAUAGGCAAUGAUGAAUUCUGCUUUAAGCAGUGAUCAAACAGUCCUGAGUGACAGGGGUUGGGAGCAAACAGUGAGACAGUAACAGAGAGAGAGAGAGAGAGAGAGAGAGAGCGAGAGCGAGAGCGAGAGAGAGAGAGAGAGAGAGAGAGAGAGAGAGAGAGAGAGAGAGAGAGAGAGCGAGAGAGCGAGAGAGAGAGAGAGAGAGAGAGAGAGAGAGAGAGAGAGAGAGGGUUUAUGGUUGUAAUAGCGCUGUAUCGAUCAAACAGCACUGAGAGGGGACAAGGCAGUCCCUAUGAUAAAGGAAGAGAUAGAGUGUAGUCGGAGUGUUAGACUCCAACCGAAAGCUAUGGAUCAAUCGCUCAAAAAGGGAUUUUAUCUUCAGCUAAGUCAGGAUACAUUGAGUUUAUAUAUUUAGUGGGACAUAUGGCUGAAAGCCUCUUGUAAUAGUAGUUAUUAGUCUAAUUCAUUUACACCUUCUGGGUUCUCAGUAAUUGGCCUGUGGAUGGCUGGUGAGCUCUAUCAUGGUGUUCUACUCUCUGGGUCCAACUCUUCCACCACAGACUACAUCAACCUUACUGAUACUGGGGGGCACACAGAGAGCACCUCAGCCCUGCUACGGAGCACCGCCUUCAAAGUGUUUGUGCUCUACAUCCUCAUCCCCAUACCGGUAUUCGCGAUACUGGGCAACCUCCUCAUCGUGGCUUCUGUUAAACGCUUCUGGAAUCUCCGGACGCCGACUAACUCCUUCAUUGUCUCUUUAGCAAUGGCGGACUUCCUGGUUGCUGUGCUGGUGAUGCCGUUCAGCUUGGUGCGCUCUGUGGACACCUGGUGGUUCGGACGGAACUUCUGUAUGGCCCACUUCCUGUUGGACAUGACCCUGUGCACUUCAUCUUCAACCUCAGCUGUGUGGCAUUGGACCGGUACGUGGCAGUGUGCGACCUGCUUCACUACCCCACACGCAUGUCUCCCAGACGGGUCACCAUGCUCCUCCUGCUCUCCUGGCUGCUCCCCCUCCUCAUCUCCUCCUUCUGCGUCUCCCUCAGCAUGUACUAUCUGACGCCCCCAACUGGGCACAGGGGCACCCAGCAGGAAAGCCAGACCUGUGUGGCCCAGAUCUACACCCCCUAUGCUGUGGCUGACUCUAUGGUGUGUUUCUUCAUUCCUGUUGUGUUCAUGCUGUUUGCCUAUGGGAGGAUCUUUAUGGUGGCUCAGAGGCAGGCCAGAUGGAAUCAUUCCAUGGAGAAACAUCCCGGGCAGCUCCACACGGAGCAGAACCCUACCAGGGAAGACCCAGCACGAGCCAGGCCAGACCCAGCCAGAUCAGAUCCAGCGAGGCGAGUCCAGGCUAGGUUGGGGGGCUUCUCCAUCAGAAAGGAGAACAAGGCUGCAAGGGACCCUGGGUUUGAUCAUGAGGGUGUUCCUAAUGUGCUGGCACCCCUACUUCAGUAUCAACAUAGCCUUCACUCUGUGGGGAGACAGGAUCAGCCCCAAAGUCCUGGAGGCCUCUAUGUGGCUGGGCUAACUCAUCUCUGAAUCCUUUUAUUUGUGCCUGCUUCAAUAAUAACUUUCGCUAUGCGUUUGUGGCCAUCUUGGGUUGUGAGAUACUAGGCAGGCAGAUCAGGGGGUGUUUGGUCUCUACUCAGGAGAACUGUAGGCAGGUACAUACUAUAGUUACCUUGGAAACCAUCUCAAAAUGACUGCCGGAGUGCAGGUAGAUUCCUUUUAUUAAACAGAAAAUGUAUUGGUCACAUACACAUAUUUAGCAGAUGUUAUUGUGGGUGUAGCAAAAUGCUUGUGUUCCUAGCAACAGUGCAGUAGUGUCUGACAUCUCACAACAAUACACACAAAUCUAAAAGUAAAAGAAUAGAACAUAUAAAUAUUAGGACGAGCAAUGUUGGAGUGGCAUUGAUUAAAUACAGUAGAAUAGAAAACAGUAUAUACAUAUGAGAUGAGUAUAGCAGUAUGUAAACAUUAUUAAAGUGACUAGUGUUCCAUUAUUAAAGUGGCCUGUGAUUCCAUUUCUAUAUAUAUAGGGCAGCAACCUCUAAGGUGCAGGGUUGAGUAGCUGGGUGGUAGCUGGCUAGUGAUGGCUAAUUAUCAGUCUGAUGGCCUUGAGAUAGAAGCUGUUUUUCAGACUCUCGGUCCCAGCUUUGAUGCACCUGUACUGACCUCGCCUUCUGGAUGAUUGCGGAGUGAACAGGCUGUGGCUCGGGUGGUUGAUGCCCUUAAUGAUCUGUUUGGCCUUCGCUGUUGCGCCUUCUUCACCACACUGUCUGUGUGGGUGGACCAAUUCAGAUUGUCAGUGAUGUGUUUGCCGAGGAGCUUUCCACCUUUUCCACUGCGGUCCUGUCAAUGUGAAUAGGGGCAUGCUCUCUCUGCUGGUUCCUGAAGUCCACGAUCAGCUCCUUCAUUUUAUUGACGUUGAGGGAGAGGUUAUUUUCCUGACACCACUCCCCCAGGGCCCUCACCUCCUCCCUAUAGGCUGUGUCUUCAUUGUUGGUAAUCAGGCCUACUACUGUUGUGUUGUCUGCAAACUUGAUGACUGAGUUGGAGGCGUGCAUGGCCACACAGUCAUGGGUGAACAGGGAGUACAGAGGAGGGGGCUGAGCAACGCACCUUUGUGUGGCCCCUGUGUUGAGGAUCAGCGAAGUGGAGGUUUUGUUUCCUACCUUCACCACCUGGGGGCGGACCGUCAGGAAGUUUCUGGGCCCAGUUGCACAGGGCAGGGUUCAGACCCAGGGCCCCGAGCUUAAUGAUGAGCUUGGAGGGUACUAUGGGGUUGAAGGCAGAGCUAUAGUCAAUGAACAGCAUUCUGACUUAGGUAUUCCUCCUAUCCAGAUGGGAUAGGGCAGUGUGCGAUGGAGAUUGCAUCGUCUGUGGAUCUAUUGGGGCGGUUAGCAUAUUGAAGUGCCUUUCGGGUGUGAUCCUUAAUAACUAGCUUCUCAAAGCACAUCAUGAUGACAGAAGUGAGUGGUACGGGGCAAUAGUCAUUUAGUUCAGUUAUCUUUAGUUUCUUGGGUACAGGAACAAUGGUGGACAUCUUGAAGCAAGUGGGGACAGUAGACUAGGAUAGAGUGAGAUUGAAUAUGUCCGUAAAACUCCAGUCACCUGUUCUGCGCAUGCUCUGAGGAUGCGGCUAGGGAUGCCAUCUGGGCCUGCAGCCUUGUAAUUGUUAACACGCUUAAAUGUCUUACUCACGUCGGCCACGGUAAACGAGGGUGGGCUGGGAGCGGGCUGCAUCGGUGGCACUGUGUUAUCCUCAAAGCAGGUGAAGAAGGUAUUUAGCUUGUCUGGGAGCAAGACGUCGGUGUCCGCGACGUGGCUGGUUUUCUUUUUGUAAUCCGUGAUUGUCUGUAGACCCUGCCACAUACGUCUUGUGUCUGAACCGUUGAAUUGCGCCUCUACUUUGUCUCUGUGCUGAGGUUUUGCCUGUUUGAUUGCCUUAUGGAAGGAAUAACUACACUGUUUGUAUUCAACCAUAUUCCCAGUCACAUUGCCACGGUUAAAUGCGGUGGUCCGCGCUUUCAUAUUUGCGCAAAUGCUGCCAUCUAUCCGCGGUUUCUGGUUUGGGUGUGUUUUAAUAGCCACCGUGGGAACAACAUACCCUAUACACUUCCUGAUGAACUCUCACAGCGUCCGUGUAUAUGUCAAUGUUAUUUACAGAGGCUACCCAGAACAUAUCCCAGUCCGCAUGAUAAAGACAAUCUAAAAACAUGGAUUCUGAUUGGUCAGACCAGCUUUGAAUAGACUUUAGCACGUGUACUUCCUGUAUGAGUUUCUGUCUAUACGAAGGGAGGAGCAAAAUGGAGUCGUGAUUUGAUUUUCCUGAUGGGAGGGCGUGGAGGGCCUUGUAGGCAUUGGCAUUUCGAAAAGGCGAAUAGCAGUGAUCUAGUGUUUUCCAUAAGUGAGUACUACAGUCAAUGUGUUGAUAGAACUUCAGAAGUGAUUUCCUCAAAUUUGCUUUGUUAAAAAAAGGUGCAUGUUUUAAGAUCUGACACGUCUCCCAUUUCACUCCCUCUCUGUCUCUUUGUGCUGUUUUGUUGAAAUGAACCUGUAGCUAUAAUCAUUGUUUCUUUCACUGAAUAAAAGAGGAAAUAAUAUGG